CAUUUCCCACGCAAGAUACCGGUGCGAUUCCGUCACGGCGCUGCUUCCGCGACCAGUUGCCAACGCGCUGUCUUCCGCACAGUACACAAGACGAUGGACAGCAGCCUCGUGUCGCCCGGUCGCCCGAGUCCAGUGCCGGCGCGCGCCGAAAUCCUGCGCUCCGUCGUGCGUCUACCCCCCGGGCAGCUCAAACCGUCCCGAAAGUACAUCGUCUUUGUUCUCAAGGUCUCGACGACAUGCAAUUCGUACCGCAUUAUCGAGCGCACGUGGUCCGAGUGCCACCGCUUUGAAGAUGCGCUACUUAAGGCGCUGCGCCACGACUGCGCCAAGCGCUGCACGGCGCUCUGGGCCGAGCUCGAGCCCAACGUCGAGCGCUCCACUCGGCACGUCGGGUUUCGGAACUGGUGCAAGAUUCAGCUGCAUCACCACACGCCCGAAACGAUUGCAAUCUUCCUCGAGCACUAUCAAGUGCUUCUCGAUGCGAUGUUGGCGCUGGUUGCCGCGACGCGCUGCUCUGGCCUUGACAACAUUCGCGCGCUCCUAUCCGAGUUCUUGUCGCCGCCCACCAAGUGUCCGUAACUUUCAAUUGCCAUUCGAAGCAACUACUAGUACGUCC